AUGAGAAAGAAAUGGAGCUUUUUCCAAGUUCAUGUGUCCUGGGGGACCAACUGCUGGUCUCUCCUUACGGCUGCAGCCCAAGAGCAGAGUACAAACUUCAGCGGCUGGAGUCAUGACAGGCGGGCACUUGGAAAGUUUCUGCCCCUCUUUGACCAUGUAUUGGUUGAAAGGUGUGCUUCAGAAACUGUAACCAAAGGAGGCAUUAUGUUUCCAGAAGAAUCUCAAGGAAAAGUAUUGCAAGCAACUGUAGUAGCUGUCAGAUGGGGCUCCAAAGGAAGGGGUGGAGACAUGCAGCCAGUGAGAGUGGAAAUUGGAGAGAAAGUUCUUCCAGAAUGUGGAGGAACCAAAGUAGUUCUAGACAAGGGUUGUGUCUUACCUAGACAUGAUGACAUUCUUGGAAAGUAUGUAGACUAA